UUUUUUUAAAAGUAUUUUCCUUGGUUUUGUACUUACCCUGGCCUUCAUAUGCAACAGAUUGAAAUUUCAAUCCUCUUAAUGGAUGCUUUUUUGUGUCAAUGGCCAAUUUUGAUGAUGGUGCUGCUCACCCUCAAGAUGAUGACAUUGCUGGUUUGCAUAUAUUCCAGAAGAGCAGAUCGGUGGGGCAAUGCAAGUUUGAGGUCAGUCGACAUUGCACCUGCAGAGAACGCCAACAAUGGUUUCUCUAAUUCGUGGAAAGUUUAUGUUUCUGCUUUGGUG